UCCUCCUCCUCUUCUCAAGCCACGAUGGAUGAUAACGAUGAGGAUCCUCGCCUUUAGCUCAAACAGCAUGCAGUUUAGUGGAGGUGCAAAGGCUGUAGUCCCAUUAAAGAUGUGUACAAAAUGCAAUUCCUGGAAACGAUUUAAAAUAAAGAGCAGACGCAAAACGCGUACCUGUGAUCCAUCACUGAAAAACCAUCCACCUUCACUCGCUCUCGCCCUUCUUCACUAUAAAUAUGUAAUUGAUCAACACAGCAAGAGACAAGAUUAUUCCAACGCUGCUCUUCCCCGCUUUAACAUAAUAAAUAAUUAAGCUUCUUUUUUGCAGGCUAGAUUACCUAUACUGCCACCCUGUGGUCACUUGAAGUGUGGCACGCUUGUUGUGCUUCCUGUAUGUUCUUUCUGAACGAUACACGGCGGUGUUUUAGACCUACUGUAUACCAAGAUGCGGAAGUGUCUUAGAUCUGUCUUGGAAAUAUGUAUUUAUCUUCAAAAUAAAAUCUGCACAACCGACAAACUUUCCUCAUAUUGUUUGUUCAAUUGCAGUGAAGAACCGGAAGUUGUUCAUACUUAGCACUCGCUUGAGAGAUGCUGGCGAGCGACAGCGGUUGCUAACACGGAAAUAGAUACAGCGCUGAUCAUUAAACAUAGAGGAGGAUAAAUAUCGAGUUAGCAAACUUCUGUGUGAUUCUGUAACCGUUUCCACAAUGUCCCGGCAAUCCAGCCGCCCAACUGACAGCAAGAAGAUGAAUUCAGAGCUGUUCACGUUGACGUAUGGAGCCCUGGUCACACAAUUAUGCAAAGACUAUGAGAAUGAUGAGGAGGUCAACAAACAACUGGACAAAAUGGGUUACAACAUUGGAGUGCGUCUCAUCGAGGACUUCCUGGCACGCUCCAGCGUCGGCAGGUGUCAGGAUUUCCGAGAAACGGCCGAUGUCAUCGCUAAGGUCGCGUUUAAGACGUACCUCGGCAUCACCCCCAGUGUGACCAACUGGAGCCCGGCAGGAGAUGAGUUCUCCCUCAUGCUGGAGAACAACCCGCUGGUGGACUUUGUGGAGCUGCCCGACAACCACAGCACGCUGAUCUACUCCAACCUGCUGUGCGGCGUCCUCAGAGGAGCCCUGGAGAUGGUCCAGAUGGCUGUCGAUGUGAAAUUUGUCCAGGACACACUGAGGGGAGAUAAUAUGACAGAAAUCCGUAUGAAGUUCAUAAAGAGGAUUGAAGAAAACCUUCCGGCAGGGGACGAGUGACAACUUUUUUUUUUCCUCCGGAGGACACUUAAAAACUGAACGGACAAAUAAACUAGAAGAAGACACACUGAAACCCAACACGGUGUGGCCCAUCUACCCUCAAUAUACACAACUAUGGAUUACAACAAUCCUUAGUCAAGUGUACAGCAGGCGUUUUUUUCCCCACCUAUUUCUUUUAAGUUGCUUCAUUCUGAAACAAUUAUUGAAGACAUUUUUAUUUUGCUGUACUAGACUGGAUACUUACAAAAAAUAUGAAUGUUUUAUGUCAUCAUGUGCAUUUUCUUUUUUUUUUAAUGUUCAUAUUGCUGCCGUGUUAAAUUAAUGAUGUAUAUGAUAAUAAAUACAGCAUAUUUGA